AUGCAUACUGAAAUUGAGUCUCAGCCGCCGCCCAUACAUCCUGCCCGCGACUCCCAGGUCGACCAGGAUGCGGCAGACCUUGCCGAAUUUGGCCAUGAGCAGGCUCUCAGCCGCAAGUUCAGCGCCUGGAGCAUGUUCUUCUUUGCUGUCAGCAUCUUGGGAACUUGGUCCGUCUUCGCCCAAGACCUUAGCAGCGGCCUCACUAAUGGUGGCCCUGUCACAAUUCUCUGGGGUCUGGUGCUGGUGACCCUGUGCAACCUUUGCGUGGCCGUUUCCCUGGGCGAACUCUGCAGUAGCAUGCCUACUGCCGUUGGCCAAGCAUACUGGGUGGCGCGCAUCUGGCCCAGCGAACUCGGCCGUUUCACUUCAUACAUGUGUGCCUGGAUCAAUACAUUCGGAUGGUGGACGAUCGCAGCAUCGCAGAACGCCUUCAUGGCCGACUUCAUCUUGAGCAUGAAGGUUCUCUACACACCCGACUGGGCCUACGCCGGCACCGGGUGGAUCAGUUUCCUCCUGUACGUCGCCAUCACCAUCUUCCUCACAGUCCUCAAUAUCGCCUUCGGUCGCCGCGACUACAUUCUUCCAUGGUUCAAUAAUUUCGUCGGCAUCACAUUCAUCGCCCUCUUCUUUGUCUUUACCCUCGCCCCCGUCAUAUGCGUUGGGAUCAAGGAGAAGCUUCAGUAUCAGUCAGCCGGCUUUGUCUUUGGAGAAUGGAUAAACCAGACCGGGUGGAGCGAUGGCGUCACUUUCCUUGUCGGCCUAGUCCAGGCUGCCUAUGGUCUCACAGCUUUCGAUGCUGCUGUCCAUCUUGCGGAGGAGAUUCCUGCGCCGCGGAAGAAUGUUCCCCGCGUUCUGUGGUUGUCCGUGCUCAUGGGUGCCUUGUCUGGAUUUAUUUUUAUGGUUGCCUGUCUUUUUUGCAUCCAGGAUAUAGAUGCUGUCCUCAACUCAACCACCACUGGAACUGGAUUUCCGUUCAUUGACCUCCUGGUCCAAGUCAUGAGCAUCGAAGGUUCAUCUGUGCUGCUUUCCCUGUUUAUAUUCAACGGCAUUGGUCAAGCAGUCAGUAUCAUGACUACAGGCUCCCGCUUGACGUGGGGGUUUGCCCGUGAUGGAGGCAUCCCAUGGAGCAUAUACUUCAGCGACAUCAACUCUUACUGGCAGGCUCCGACUCGUGCGCUCUGGCUCCAGUGUGCUCUCGUCAGUCUAGUCGGCGUACUCUACACCUUUGCCGACACGGUCCUCGAGGCCAUUCUCAGCGUUUCUACCAUUGCGCUCACAGUAUCUUAUGCGAUGCCCAUCAUCGUCCUUCUCGUUGUUGGUCGCGACAAGCUCCCCCCUGGUAGCGAAUUUUCCCUGGGCCGCCUUGGGCCUCUUAUCAACUGGAUCUCCAUUGCAUACUGCGUCAUCACCACCAUAUUUUUCCUUUUUCCAUCGGAGCCCAAUCCCACUGGAUCCAGCAUGAAUUAUGCCAUCGCCGUCUUUGGUAUAAUGCUCGUCGUAUCUCUCACAUUUUGGUUCAUUAAGGGUCACAAGACAUAUCUACGCAUGGAGGAGGGGGAGGCUCGCCGGAUUCAAGCCCGUCAACUUGAGUUAUCCUAUGUGCAGGGAAUAGACAGUGGAGAGGGGGAGACUAUUCAAGAUUUCAAGAAGGCUGAAUCAGUCUCGAAUUGA